AUGCUGCUUCCUGCAGAGCUUCGCCCCCAGCAAAGGCGCUUCGAAGAGUUGACCAUCCAGACUGGGGGAGAACAUCAGGUCGUAGUCACCAUUCAAGCCUUGCAGCUUCUGCUUCGGACAGCCGAGAGCCAACAUGCACCAUCCUUGAUGUACACAUGCAAUCGCCGAUGUAUUGGCCAAGCCAGCAGGAAGGAACAGGUGACACUCCUCAUGCCGGAAGAAAGCUGCCGCAGGUACUCUUGGCGAGGAGCUAAUUUGAGUGCACUGCUUGAUGGCGACAGCAAUGGUGCUAAUGACACUGUCGAAGAGAAGUUCCGACUGGGACGAUGA